AUCUGUUUGGGGAGUCCCUAGUGCCCUUUUAGGUUGAAACCAGAGAUAAGUGUAAGGUGCUACCUUCCCAGGACAGGAGGGUGGACUUGCAUGCCACACCAUAUUUCUGGUGGUCUCCCUUUUGGCAGGGGGAGACUGGGUCUGGGUUUCCCUGUCAGCAGUGGCCCUUUCUUUCAAGAUCCAACUAUCAACCUGAGAGGUUGGGGUUUGGAGGUAGAUGCAGGCAGUAGUUGCAGGGCAGGCGGCCUUUCAAGGCAGUGGCAAUAAACCUUACAGAUGCAAGAAGUGACUUGGAGAUGACUCUCCCCAUAGGAGGUUGUCUCUGGUUCUUCCGAGGCAAGUAGGAGGAGAUCAUGAUCAACACCUGGGUAUUAGAGACCAUAAGGUCAGGGCUCUCCCUAGAAUUUCUUUCCCCCCUCCGAGGUUUAUCCUAUGUUGUCCCAUUUCCAGGGACUCAGUAAGAAGGGGUCUCAUGGAAUCGGCAAUCCAACAUUUGUUGGUUAUUCAGGCCAUUCAACCACUUUCACCAGAACAGUUGGGGCAGGGUUUCUAUUCAAUCCUGUUUGUCAUCCCAAAGACUUUAGGGGUGGAGAGCAAUUCUUAACUUCAGGGGACUCAACAGGCAUUUGGUCUACAGAAGCUUCAAGAUGCAUUCCCUUCAGUCCAUUCUGACGGGAAUUCGGAAUGGGGACCUCCUGACUUCAGUGGACCUGAUGUAAGCUUACCUCCAUAUCCCCAUACAUCCAAGUCACAGACAAUUUCUAAAGUUUUGCUACACCAGCCGCCAUUUCCAGUAUGUGGCCCUUUCGUUUGGCUUAGCAUCGGCCCCAAGGAUGUUCACCCAAAUUAUGGCAGUUCUGGCAGCAUAUCUUAGAACCUUACCAAUUCGAAUUCAAUGUUACCUGGAUGAUCUUUUAAUUCAGUCAUCGUCCUGCCAACAGGCAGAAAGGGACCUACAUACUCAGGUCAUAUUCAGGUCUUAAGAGGUCACGGUUUCUCUAUAAACCUGGACAAAUAUCAUCUCAUUCCGACUACGAGAUUGGUGCAUUUAGGGAAACUUAUAGACACUAUAUCAGGACAGGUCUUUCUCUCCCAGGAGCAUCAGGACAGCAUCAGAGCAUUGACAGCCCAGAUUCAGACAAACAAAGUAGUACCUUUAAGCGCUGUUGUCCCAACUUUUGGGGAAACUAAUCUCCUGCAUUUCCUUAGUGCCCUGGGCACGGUUCCGUGCCAGGCCCCUCCAGUGGUAUAUGCUGCCCUACCAGAAGGCGGGGUACAGCACUUUGACGGCGAGAGUGCAGGUGACGCUGAGGGAGCUCCAGUCGUUCCACUCGUGGGUGUCCAGAGCCAUCGGCAGGGGUUGUGUCUUCAAGGAGGCGGACAGGUUGACUAUAACGUCAGACGCCAGCCUUUUCGGCUGGGGGCCCAUUUUGCCUACCAGGUGGUCCAGGGGCAGUGGACACCGCAGGAGUUAUGCCACAAUAUCAACUGACUGGAGCAGAGGGCAGCCUGUCUAGCCUUCCAGGCAUUCCAGCAGCAGAUAUCUAGGCACUAUGUCCUUCUGAUGGACAAUGUGGCAAUGAAGACCCACAUCAAUCCCCAGGGGGGGGGGGAGACUCGGUCAAAGUUCUUCAUAACAGAAGCAGAAACAUUGUGUUGAUGGGCAGAGACUCAUCUGCUCUCGAUCAGGAUAGAGCCAUUGCGGGAGUAUCCAAUGUGCAGGCAAACUGGUUGAGCAGGGCCACUGUCGAUCACUCGGAGUGGCACCUGCAUCCCAGUCUGUUCGCAGAACUAUCAGAGUGGUUCGGCAAUUUGAUUCUGUAUCUCUUUGUCUCACUAGCAAAUUCUCAUCUUCCCAGGUUCUUCAUAAGGUUCCCAGCACUGGGGGUGGAAGGAGUAGAUGCAUUACGAAGCCAGUGGCCCAAGGGUUUACUAUAUACCUUUCCUCCACUGCCCCUUAUCCCAGCUGUAGUCAGGAAGGUGUUAAUGGAGAGGGCAGAGGUUUUGUUAGUAGCUCCCCACUGGCCCAGACGACCGUGGUUCGCUGAUCUUGUCAGCCUGUCAGUCACCAGAACUUGGACAAUUCCCGUGGAGAGGGUCUCCCUCGACCAGGGGCCAAUCAUCCAUCUGGAACCCCAGUGGUUACACUAGACUGGCGGUUGAGCAGAGGCUGCUGAAAUGGCAGAAACUCUCUAAUGAGAUCAUAAGGAUGAUUCUACUAGGAGCAUGGUCACUACGGCAGCCUGGGCUAUGCAGGCUUCUGUGGAGGAGAUUUGUUGAGUGGUGACUUGGACAUCUCCGAUGUCGUUCAUCUGCCAUUACAGAUGACGCAUAUUCCACAGCAGAGAUGGCUUUUGGCAGGCGUGUGUUGCCGUGAGUGCAUGAGGAUUCGGGAAUCCCGGACCAGGACAGAUCCCGCCCAUAGGACUGCCAAAACUUUGGUAUAUUCCAUCCUGGACUCUCCCGUUGAUCCUAUGGAGAAGGGGCGUUGAUUUUACCUGAGACUCCCUUUCUCAUGCAAAUUGAUGGGAGAAUCCAGAUCCAUCUGGUUGACUGUCUGGUUCAGUUGCCAGGAAUGGAGAAGUGUCAACUGGAGUUGGAAUACCAGAUUCGCUUCGUCUUCAUCGUUUGCCUGAGGACCGUUACCAGGGAGUCGUGUCUUCAGAAUUUCAACUCAGUCAAUAGAGCUAGUAGACAAGAGUAACCCAUACUGGAGUCCCCCGUUGAUCUGCGUGAGAAAUGGCAUCUCAGGAAACUGCACAUCAGAGGAAAUCAUCGAAACAUCAUAUGAUCUUCACAAAUAUUGGAGCAUUUGUCUGCGGAUCUCAGUGCAAGUCCAUUGGAAAAAACAGUUGCAACAAUUUGAUAAUCACCAGCAGCCCAAUGGUGGUUCAGAGACUGGGACCUCUAUCUCCUUCGACUCAGCAGGUCUCGACAGCAUGCAGCCAAAUCAGCCCUAGUUUACAAAGGGCUAUGAAUAUGUCAAAUCCAGAUAUACCAUCCGAUACAAGAUCCCUCCUAUCACGAGAAUCUUUGGCGUCUACAACCUUGAGCCUUUCUGAAAGCCAGUCAAUACAGAGUGUCAAACAAGAGUGGUUUCAUGGUUAUAGAAUUUAUCCUUCUCUUCCCUCCAACUCGGGUUCACAAAACAGCAGUCAAUUCAGUGAUGUCACAAAUGCUACAUCUGGGAUAUCCAUGUCCAACAACUUUUCUACUUCCUUGCCAUCGUACUUGCUCAGCAUGGAAAACAACCAUCCCCCUUAUUCUAGCCCUCAUCAUUCCUCAGCCAGAACGCAUUCUGCGAAAAAGAGAGCACUAUCUCUGUCCCCUUUGUCUGAUGGCAUUGGGAUUGACUUCAAUACGAUCAUCCGCACCUCCCCUACUUCCCUAGUUGCGUAUAUAAAUGGUUCAAGAACAUCUCCAUGCAACAUAUCUCCUCAACCUGAAGUUUAUGGGCAUUUCUUAGGAAUAAAGGGAAGCUGCAUUCCUCAGACUUGUUCUAUACCAAAUCCUCAAAAAAGGCUUCUUAUGGCUAAUUGCAAUGCUAUCCCUCCAGACUACAGUGAAAAUGGGAACAGCGAAUACCAGCGCAUGCAACAGUUGGAACAAAGCAAUCUACAGCCGUUGAUCACAAAUAAUAUGAUGGUUCAACAAGGUUCAUGUCUAGUAGAGAGCCAGCCUAUGGGCCUUGACAAGGGUGGACAGGGGGAUAUUUUUUCUGGAAAUGCAAAUAGCGUUCCUUGUGCUUCACUGGCUCCCCCCAUGCUGCCUCCUCCCCCUGGUCCACCGCCUCCCUAUCACGCACAUCAGCAUGCACUCAUCAACCAUCCCCGUCCACUUUCCUUGCCUGCAUCUAUCCAGAAGUGUUUUUUAGAUGAUGACAGUGAACUCGAUGAUUUCAGUGGCAAGCACUGCUGUCGUUGGAUAGACUGCAGUGCUACCUACGAUCAGCAAGAAGAACUGGUGCGACAUAUAGAAAAAAUUCACAUUGACCAGAGGAAAGGGGAAGAUUUCACUUGUUUCUGGGCCGGGUGCCCACGAAGAUACAAACCAUUUAAUGCCCGUUACAAAUUGCUUAUCCAUAUGAGAGUGCAUUCGGGGGAGAAGCCAAACAAAUGUACGUUCGAAAGCUGCAAGAAGGCCUUUUCUAGACUAGAAAAUCUGAAGAUUCACUUAAGGAGCCACACUGGAGAAAAACCUUACCUUUGCCAGCAUCAAGGCUGUCAUAAAGCAUUCAGUAAUUCCAGCGACCGAGCCAAGCACCAGAGGACGCAUCUGGACACUAAACCUUAUGCUUGUCAGAUUCCUGGCUGUACCAAACGAUACACAGAUCCAAGUUCUCUAAGAAAACAUGUAAAGGCCCAUUCUUCUAAAGAUUUGCAGGCCAGAAAAAAGUUGCGUGCCACUACAGAACUUGAUCAAGACAUUCUCAAUGACUGCCUGACUAUCCAGCCUAUUCAAGUCGCUUCAUCUCCCCAAGAUGUUUCUGUCAGCACUGUCCAACAAUCACCGGGACAUAUCCAUGACCUUUACCCAGCUACCAUGUUCUCCAGCAUUCAUUCAAACCAAAGUGGAAUUUCUGUAGGCAAUGAACCCCCCUCGCAUGCUGCGAGCCUCUCUUCACCAAGGCCCAGUAUUCACGAGAGCCCUCACAACCCAUCAACAGCGGAUUCAGGAACAGAGAGCCCUGGGAGAAUUCUUCCUCCCCAUCCUUUCAUGCAGAAAAGAACAUCACAGCCUUCAGCCACCCAGCAAUUUGGCGAAGUGCAUUUAAAGACAAAUGGUUCGCUGAGCAAUCCUUCUUUCCAGCCAAACAGCAUCCAAAUCCAAGGAGUUUAUGGGCAACUACAGACUUUCUGCUCCCCCCAUUAUACUGACAAUCAGAGAAAUAUACAACACAUUGGAGCUUGUAACAUGGUCCCUCCUUUUGAAGAUUGUUUGGUACCAACAUCUAUGGGUCAGGCAGGUUUUGAUGUUUUCCAUAAAGCAUUUUCAGCACAUUCUGGUAUUACAGUUUAUGAUUUUCCAAUGGCCUUUGGCGAUUCAUUGCGCAAUGGGAUGGAAGAUGCAAGUUUCCUCCAUAUAAAUGCUGUGGAUCGUUGUCCUAGUCAACUGUCUUCACUUUAUAUGGAAGGCUGAGGAAGCACAGACUACAGCUCUGCGUAUCAUCUCAACCAUUCAGCCUAUUAUAGAUCAUCUUCUGUUGGUCUCUGAAACUACUUGCUCAAGAAAUAAAGAAAACAUCACCGGAAAGAUCCCAACUUCACAGCUGCAGCUAAUAUAAGGUGUUGCAAGAUGUUGGGUGACAUGUAUUUGCCAAAUGUGAGCAAUUGCUUUUAAUUUGGCCUUUUCUGUUGCAUAACCGUUUCCAAAAGAAAAUGAUUACUGCACUGCUUAGUAUAUUUUCCAAUGAAUUGUUGGAAUUUUUUAAACUCUCUUGGAGGAAUUCUAAAAAAUGGUCAACAACAAUGAACUUCUCACAAAAGCAGAUUUCUAAAAUAAAGAACCUGUUUUGCAGUGCUUUGAAAUCUAAGCACGUAAUCUCACAGGAUGGAGGGUGAAAAGGGAAUGCAUUUUUUUGUGAUACGAUGUUGGUGACAAUAGUACAAUUUGAGUUUCUUUUCAGCAUCCAGUAUUAACUGUUAGCUUAAAGAGGUGCGCUGGUGAUUUUUUUUAGCCAUGCAUACCUGAAGAGAAUUUAUUCUACUGGAUUUAUAUGCAUUAUAAUUUAAUGUUUAUAUUUUAUGUGAUGAAUUCUCCAUAGAAAAUUUUAAAACACAGAUAUACAGACUUAGAAUAGAUAUUCUCCAUUAAUGCUAGCAAAUAAUUAAUGCCAUUUUGAUAACUUUCACAAUGUUUGAUAUGCAUGUGAGAAAGAUAAGAGCAGUGAUCUGAAUUAGUACUGUGUUGCAGCGAGAGGAAAGCCAGUUCUCCCCUCUCUAUCAGUCCUCCCACUGAAACUGAUUAUAUCUUUCUUAUCUGCUAUUCUAAUUUUACCACUCAAGUGGAGAACCAAAUACAGGAACAGAAAUUGGGAGGAAACUGAGGAUUUCCACUGAAAAAGAAGAAAAUAAUUAAAUAUCUUCUCCCAAAUUUGAAGUUCUGAUCAAAAACAUAUCAGCCUAGCAUGUCAUUUCAGAUCUUUGAGGUCACACAUAGUUACAUUUUUUCAGAAAUUUUGUACAUCAGUGAGAGAUAUUUUGUACUUUAUUCAUCAUGUAUUUUAAAGGUUUAUUUUUCCCACAUUAAUAUUGCACAUACUGUAUGCUAGUAUAUAAAUCUGAUAUAAAUCAGUUUUUUUCCUACUUUCUGUCCUUUUUGCUUAAAACAGUUAGCACAUCAGGUAUUAACUCUAUUGCAAAGGCUUUUGUGUUGGUUUUGAAUGGUUAUAAAUUGUUUGGAAAGUAAAAUGUGGAUUUGCCUUUCAAGGUAUGGUCUUUUAUCAUAGAUACAGAGACAUAGAAUUCAAACAUCACCCUUCUUUGUUCAUUGUUUACCUAUGGCUUGUUUAGUCAUAUUGUGGCCAACUCAUUUGAAAAUUUUCUCACUGUGCAUAGAGCUGUUAUUGCUAAAGAAAAAAUAUCUGUGAAGAUAUCAGCCAAAGGAAUUGUUUUACAUAAACUAUAGUAAGAAUAAGUAGAAAAUUUCUAAAAACAUCAUUCAAGCUUCCAAAAUCCUGAUACUGAAUUAUAUUUACAUUUAAGAUGCUUUGUAAAAUUAUUGGUACAGUGUAGCCACAUUUUAAAAUAUCCACUACUAGUAUAAAAGCAAAGUACAUUUAUUCUAUUCUAGCAAAAAAAUCUGUGUUGCUGAAAUCCCCUUGCUGAAUCAGAUCUUGAUUGCACUUUAUUGCAUUCUUCUGCAGGUUAAAAAGAUUUUGUAUCUAGUAAUGAAGAGGCUGAAUCAUUUCUAUAAAAGCUUGCAUUAACAGUGCCAAAACCCUCUGUUUGGAGGAUGGAGUUCAGGCUCUCUUCUCCCAAUUCGUACAUAAUCCCAUUUAUCCGUAGCCAGGUUUCAUGAGAAAUUGCCUGUAGAUCCUUGCAGCAGCUCACAUAGGAGGAGGAUUGAAAAUGAGUAUUGAGGUACUGUGGGCCAGUCCUUCAUUGCCUCCAGGGCCUUCCCGUGGACCAGAUCUAAGCACCCCAAGGGCCAGAUCC